GAGAAUGAGCCUUCUCUGGAUAAUCAGUGUAUGGAGAUUGAACCAUCUCAUGAUGAACCCUGUGUGGAGAUUGAACCAUCUCAUGAUGAUUCCUUCAUUGAUAUCAAAUCCUGUGUGGAGAAUGACCCUCCUCGGGAUAAACCGUGUAUGGAGAUUGAACCAUCUCAUGAUAAUCCACACAUGAAUGCUGAAACCUGUGAGGAAAAUGAAAAUAGUCAGGAUAAGUCCUGUGUGAAGAAUGAAAUAUCAAGGAAAAUACCCUCUGUGGAGAAAACUUCCUCUCAGAAUGAACCCUAUAUUGAAGUUGAACUUCAUGAGGAUGAUGCAAAUGAAGCACCUCAGAAUGAAAGUGAAGGCUGUGAGAAAAUUGAACCUCUGGACAACAAACCUUGUGAGGAGAUUGAACUUUCUGAUGAUGAUGAUGUCAUUGAGGAUAUUGACAUUGAAACAUGUGAUGACAGUGAGCCAACAGUUGCCACCUUACAAAGAGAGAUGGAUAACCAUCCAGACAGUCUGCCCCCAGCCCAGAGAUGUGUGUUGCACCAUGUUAAACAAGCUGCAUUCAAAAACAAGAGGAAAUCACCUAUUCAGUAUGCCAGACUCGUGAAAAGCCAACCAGUAGAGAUCAGAGAGGAAAUUCUUCGAAUUGAAAGAUUAGCAGCACCUAAACCGAAAGGCCAUCACGUACCUGAAACUAUGGAUGGUUCAAACAGGCACAGCGAAACGGAGAAGAAACGGAGAGACGAGAUGAGGCAAAUGUUCAAGAGACUGUGCCACUUGGUUAUUAAAAACAGUCCAGAUCAUAACCACUCAAAACAUUACAUUCUCUCAAACGCAAUAGGUCAUAUUAAAAAGAUAGAGAAGCAGGAGCAGGUCCUAAUGCUUCAGAAAGAUUCACUGAUAACAAUCAAUAGAUUACUAAAGAAGAAGGCUAACAAAUUGCAAAUCCAAAUCGGGGAACAGCACUUAAACUGAGGAAUGGAAUGAUGACUAUCCAGCCAUUUCUAUAACCGCCAUCUAAUGAGCACAUUGAUGUGACUAACAUCUUUGUAUGACCACCACCAUUUUUGUGCUGCUUGGACUGUCAUUGUGUUGUGACUACCAUGUUGAUGCCAUGGGUUGUAUAAUUGAACAACUGUCAUACUUCAGAAGUUGUCAUGCUGUCACAAUGUCAUAUUAAAGCUUUCAAUACUGACAAGGGACAACUGUUUCAUAAGAGGAUAUAGCAGGAUAAAGACUUUAAUGCAUCCUCCGAACGCAGGGUUCCAGACAUCAUCCACUGAGUUCUUCCUUCUGGAAAAAGGAAGUAUGAGUUCUGGAGGCC